AUGCCUCAGCAGCAGCAGCAGCAGCAGCAACAGCAGCACCUGCAGCAGCAGCAGCACCAGCAGCAGCAGCAGCACCUGCGGCUUCUGCUGCUGCUGAGCGACCAACGGCAGCUGCCGCUGCAGCAGCAGACGAAGGAAGAGGAGCUGCCAAAAGAGCAGCAGCAGCAACAGGAGCUGCAGCAGCAACAGGAGCAGCAGCAGCAACAGCAGCAGCAACAGCAACAGCAGCAGCAGCAGCAGCAUGACAUCGUGGAGUUGCAGAGCCCCAGGCGCAUGGCGAUCGAUGGGGACGAAUCUGCUGCUGCUGCUGCUGGUGCAGCAGCAGCAGCAGCAGAAGCAGCAGCAGCAACAGCAGCAGCAGAUGAAGACAGAAUUGCUGCAGCAGCAGCAGAGGGAGCGACGAGGUCAAGGCCGGUUGCAGCAUCAGCUGUUGCUGCUGCUCCGAGUGCAGCAGAAGCAGCAAGCGCAACAGCAGCAGCAGCCUUAUCUGCUGCUGCUGCUGCUGCUGCUGCUGCUGCAUCCCCUGAAGGAGGAGACACGAGGCCUCAAAGCCCCCAUGGUGGUUUCCUAUCUGCUGCUGCAGCUCCUGCUGCAGCAUCUGUUGCUGCUGCUGCUGCUGCUGCGCUGCUUCCAGGUGUAUGUACACCGGAGUACGUCCCCUCUACCGCAGCAGCAGCAACAGCAACAACAGCAGCAACAGCAGCAACAGCAGCAACUGCAGCAGGACUCGCUAGGCCCCCUCAAACACAGGGGGGGGCCCCGGACAGCGGGGGCCCCUGCAGCAGCAGCCCCUGGGGCCCCGCGACGCAGUGCAGCGCAGCAUCAUCAACAAGACAAACAGCAGCAGCAGCAGCAGCAGCAGCAGCAGCAGCAGCAGCAGCAGCAGCAGCAACAUCAGCACCAGCAGCAGCAGGAGUACAAACAGCAGCAGCAGCACCAACAGCAGCAGCGGCAGCAGCAGCAGCAACAACAGCAGCAGCAACAGCAAGAGAGGGUGUCAGGCCGAUGGCCUCUGCGCAGCAGCAAGGGCAGCAGACUCCUUCAGGGAUAGCAGCAGCAACAGCAGCAGCAACAGCAGCAGCAGCAGCAACAGCAGCAGCACCAGCUGCUCCAGCUGCAGCAGCAACAGCAGCAGCUGCUGCUGCAGCUGCUCCUGCUGCUGCAGCUGCUCCCGCAGCUGCUGCUGCAGCCUCAAAGGAAGCCAUCAAUAAGGCGGAGGCGACCGUUCCCUGCAGCAGCAGCAGCAGCAGCAGCAGCAACAGCAACAGCAGCAGCAGCAGCAGCAGCAGCAAUAUUGUCAAGGGGAAGGAAGAGAGCAGCGAGGCAGCAGCAGCAGCAGAUGAGCUGCCGCUGCUACAGCAGCAGCAACAACCAGGCUGCUGCGGUGCAUGCGUCCCCAAUUAG